CCCGGGCAUGAGCGGCGAGCCAGCGUGUCUUCCAGACUAGCCCAUCCUCGAUCCCCACCGACUCGGGUGGCCGACAGAGCCCACACGAUGGCGAGCGCGCAGAAGACCGCGUCGCCGAUCCACGUCCCCGAGCUGCUCGCUCUCGUGUUCUCCCAUCUCGACAACCGCAACCUCGCGCGCGCCGCACGGGUGUGCAGGCAGUGGGCCGACGUCGCGCUCGACACGCUUUGGCACACCGUCACAGACCUCCGGCCGCUACUCAGCCUGCUCGCACCGCUCACGGGCCAAAAGAAGAGUACGGGGCGGGCGACGCAGGACGUGCGUUGUCACUCAUUCAUCGUGCACAAAGCGCCGUUGCUCACCAAGCUCGAGGUCCGGUCGCACCACGCAACACACGAGCUGCAAGACGACCUCCUGCCCCUCUUCCGUGGCCUACGCGGUCUGCGGCACGUCGUCGUUCCGCUGUACUUUCUCACAGGCGAUCUUCUUGCUACGCUCGCGGAGGUGCCACAGCUCGAGACGAUCGAGCUGGCAGCGCCCGUCGAGCGUGGAAUCGGUGACAGCGCAGACGUGCAAGACCUGGAUGCCGCCCUACAGCAAGGUGCUUUCCCCAUUCUGCGCACACUUGCCUUUGCUGCCCACAUCCAGCAUGCCACGCGCUUCCUCGAACAACCUGCUGCGCCGAAAAAUAUCGCAACGCUGCACCUACACGUCCUCGCCGUCGACACUCCACCAGCGGUCCAUGACCUCUUCAGCACGCUUGCGGGCAGCUACAGCCGGCUCACAGAACUUCGCCUGGACUUUAUGCUGGGUCCGCACUCUCCGACUAUCUCUUCGCCCCCACCUCCGGACUCGCGGCCGUCGCUCGAAACGCUGCGUCCAUUGGCAGCCUGCGCUCAUCUAAAGACACUUGAAAUACGCUGGGACUACGAACUCAACGUGACAGAGGCAGACCUCUCUACGCUCGCGCCUUCCUGGCCAGCACUCGAAGUCCUGCACCUGCACAGCGACGCCAUCCCUGAACACACGCCGCCCCAGCUCUCUUUGCGCGCGCUGCUCCCGUUCGCGCGGCACUGCCCGCGCCUGCGAUCGCUCGCGCUGUAUGUCGACGGCGACGGCGCGCCGCUGCCGCCCCCGGGCACACCGCUCCCUGCAUUCCGUGCGCUCGGCACGCUCGCCUUCGGGAGCUCGCCGCUGCGCGGUUCCGCGGCCGCGGCGCUCUUCCUUAGCGCGCUCCUCCCGCCGUCGUGUGUCGUCUCCGCGGGCGUGCGCUGGCCCGACGCGUUCGGCAUCGCACUCGACCGCGCGGGCGUCAUCGACGAGCGGCGCCUGCACAUGGCCGAGUGGUGGGCCCACUGGAAGGAGGUCGGGCGGUCCGUGCCCCUGCUUGUGCGGGCGAGGGCAGACGAGCGCGCGCGGGUGUUGGCGGCUGCCAAGGAUGGUGCUGCGGGGGAGCUCGAGGAGGGGGUAGAGAGGCUCAGGGUGAGAAUGGGGGGCUGAGACGAACGCGGGAACGAGGCCGACAGGCAUGCGAUGCGUGUGCCAAGAUGACUUGCCGUCUGAAGCGGAGAUGAUUGAGCUCUAGUCUGUUCGUGGGACGUGACGUGCAACUUUGAUUAUCUGGGCAUUAAUCAUUGGAACAAU